UCCUUGUGUUGCAGAGCAACCAGCACUUCGUUGUUGAUGGGCUGGCUGGCUGGUUCAUAGCCCUCAUACAUAACACUUCAUAACACGCUGCUGCUCCUUACUUCCUUUGCCCUCCGAGUCCUAUGAAUAGCGGAUACACAGUUCCUUAAGGAUCAUCUAUCGACGUGUCUCGCCUGCUGAGCUCCAAAAAACUCUUACAACUUUCCGGAGAGCUUCAUUAAAAUAACCAAAGAAUUAUCAGGAGAACUAUACAACCAGCUCGUCAUAAGCUCCUCGAGUGGAACCCAUACCUUCGCCCCUCAGUUUGCCGUCUCCCCGCCGAAAGACACCGACGAUGUAUCGCCCCGCGGCAGCCAAAAGUGACCAUGCUGCUUUCGACAUCCCCUCCUCUCGACCCCUGACCUCACCUAAAUUGCACACCCGUCACAAACGGUCUCGUUCCCGCUCAAAGCUUCCACCGGCACUCUAUGACAUCCUUUAUGUCUACCCGGCCUCCUUCCGUACCCUUCUCUUUCUUCUGAUUAUCGGGGGAAUUCUAUUCUGGCUUUCCACCCAUCUUUUCGUCUUUGCUCGCUUCAUGUUUGUGGAUACAGUGUUUUCUGCAGGCUGGUUCGCAUCCCAUCAUCUGGCGCUCAGGAAACAGCCGUUGCUAUUUGUACAUUCGCCUUGGUCAGCCGCGAUUGUGUGGGAGACCACUCAACCCCGAUCAGAAGGAAACCACAAACACGUAGGCAUCGGAUUACGUUACUGGAAGCAGAUUCAAACCAAUACCCGCGCCUCCGGAUUCGGUUUCCCCAAAACGACUGCCAAGCCGCACUUGAUCGCUCCGAAGGUACAGGUAGAGCAGGCUGAAGGUCGAGAGGGUCGAAACAGAUGGGUCCACUCGGUUCAUUUGGACCAUCUAGAAUCUGGUACCACUUAUGAAUACGAACUUGUCCUGGAAUCCGGCAGCAUUGAUCCGCUUACUGGUCUUCCCGCCACGGUCAGAACCUACGGCAAUUACCAAUUCAAAUGGCUAGGUGUCAACCCACCCGACCCUGCCUCGGUUGACCAUCUCUCCUCUAUGGUCGUGACCACCAACAAAACGAUAAGUCCAAUCGAAAUGUUUGUCAUCGGUGACACUCAUUCCAGUCCUGGAACUCUGAGGCCGUUGAUUAAGAAAGCACACAACUUGAAAUCUUACCUGCCCCCUCGAGGAAGUUUAUUUGGAGUCCGUAACAUAACCAACUCCCCGCCGCCGUCGCAUCCACACUUGAUGAUUCACAUGGGCAACGCAGUCCAAGAGGCCCGCGAUUUGAAGCAGUGGCAAACCGAAUUUUGGGACCCGGUCACCUUUCAACAGAAAUCCAGCUCUGAGAUCCCAAUCAUAUAUGCCCGCGGAUCCCACGACUUUGACGUCAAAGGAAAGAGUAUCUAUACCGCUGGUCUGUCGCAUGUUCAGGUUGGUGAAAUCAAUCGGACGCGAGUUGCUUUAUUGAAGAAUCAAAAGAACAGAGUUAUCUUGCCCGGUGUCUCCAUUGCCGAACGUCAAUAUGGGGCCAUACUUUCCGCACCCAGGGAUCAUCGAACUCGUGGCACUUUCUUUGCCUACUCGCCCCAUCCCCGUGCUAGAGUGCUUGUAUUGGACAGCAACCUUGCCGUUGAUAGACAGGCAUUCUUUAAGAGUCGUAGCAGUCUCACCGAAGUUGGUGAUCAGGAACAUUGGUUGCUCUGGGAAAUGGCGCGGCCGGAAUGGAAAGAAGCCAGUCUUCGACUUAUCGUUGUCAACCAAGCCCCUUUUGUCGAACACGCUGAUGAGCAGAUGUGGAAGCACGACAAGGAUGCCCAACUAAAUCAUUACAUCCGCACAGUAUACGCGCCCCAUUUCCAUGCGACCUCCGAUGUGACGAGGAUGUAUGACAUCCCACCAGCAACUUUGGUCAUUUCAUCCAACGAAGUUCCGGCUUACUCUCGCGGUCUGCUUCGGACUUACUUUACCCCUUACUUCUUCGAAAAUGGCCCAUCUUCAAACAUCCCACCAUCGCUUAUCAAGCAGCACGAGAUGGCACGCUACUCCGACCUUGAUCCGCAUUCGCAUGAAGAGGACCAUGGAGUGAUAUAUGUGGUCACACCCGGAUCAGGAAAGUACCAGAAAAACGCGCCGUCAAAGGUGGAACAUUGGGGCUUUUACGAAACAUCUCAGAGUCACCUGAAACAGCAUAAGACUCGUGCCACAAGUGGCGGUGGCGCUGAUUACUUCAGCCCUCUGACACUCGACAUGGCGCCUGAAUUCGAAACCGACGAGAUGUGGCUCGAAGAUUCGCAUGAGAACACGGCCCGACGACAGCGGUGGUCUGACGAAAAUGUCCGGGUCUAUCGGAUCGCAGGUAGUCAGCUGCCCUGCCCCAUCAAAUAUUCUGAAGGUGAUCAUCACAUCAAACAGUACACCGCCAUCGACCGACUAUACUGGCGUACCAUGGAUGCCAAAGGAAGACUGGUCGAUCGGUUCGUGGUCGAAGCGACAAGCUGUCGACAAACGAACUGAACAGUUUUACACAUCGUUGCGGCUUGGAUCGACGGGUAUCAUCGAUAAUUUGAAGAUUUUUCUCUUUCCUUACGAUCUCCUGUUGAAACCGAAAGUUUUUCAAUUCUGUUCGGAAUCAGUGGGCUAGCUGUGCGUUGCAUUCACUUAUAUUAGCCGUGAUGUUGCGGACUUGUUUCUCUGGAGAAGGCUUGCCAAUCGUAUCUUGCUUUCUUGUCCCAUAAAUCUUAUCCACUACAUAUUACAAGCGUAACUGCUCUUAUAGAAAUUCGACGAUUCUCGAUGUAUACUUGUCAUGGUCCUGAUGUGUUACAUCAUUAGAAUUGACCUCUCUUUCCGAUUGCUCUUCUCAACAAGUCCUUGAUAAUAUGUUUAUAGUCAUUUCUCCCAUGGUGCCUUCUUCUGCGCCUGUUUUUCUUGUCUAGCCUUUUCUCUCCUCGCUUUGCUUGUUCUUUCUUCUUUUUACUUGGAAAACAAAAACUGAUCGAGAGCCACUUCAAUUUUCUAGAGAAUUCAGG